AUGAGAACGCCAGCAACUGGUGUUGGAGCAUUGCUAAUAGAGAAACGAACUGGAAUGCAGCGUGUGUUUUUAUCCUGCACAAAUGAACGAGACAGGAGGAGCAGAGGGAGGUGAAAGUAAUUUUUAGGUUUCUUUCACAGGUUUCAAAAACGAGCGAUACAAUAGUACCGAGAAGAGGAGUGGAAAGCCUGGAAGCCGCUGCCAUGAUAGUGAGUGGAAAGAGAGGGAAAGUGGAUCCUCACAACCAUUAAAGCAAAGUAAGUGCUGGGCGUAAGACUAAGAGCUUAGAACGAAGCCUCCAUUAACAGAUAACAGAGAGAAAAGGAGGAGCAUGUGGAAAGGUUAAACAUACAGUGAGUAGUAUCAUAUGGUGACUGGGGAAUAGAAAAUAACAUACUGUAAAUAAGGUGUAAAUAUAUGAAUAUAGCAAUUACGUAAACAAGGAUAAUUAAAAUAAAAAUUAAAAAAAAUACUCUUUUUUUUGUUCGCUUUUUGUUUGCAAUGUAACUAUAUUUUACCUAUUAAGGAAAUCAACUACCUAUCAAGAAUUAAAAAAAAAAGACAAGGAAAAAACAUGUAUGUAAAUUCUGGAUGAAAAGCAAUUUAGUGUGAAUUUUUAUUAAAUGUUAGUUGCGAGUAAACAUUUAUGAGUAAAAAUCGUUCAUAUUGGUCAAAAUACAAUUGAAGGAAAGAUAAAGGAAAAAAGUCCCUUAUAAAGAUAACUUGGUAACUGCUCAAGAAGACAAAUCUCCUAAUUAAUAGCAGAAAAAAUAAAUAAAAUAAAAUAGAGAAUUAGUCGUUUUAUAUAUAUAUAUAUAUAAAGUGUGAUUUAACAAGGAAAAAAAAGGCAACAAAAAGACAGUUGUCCAAACAUGCUAAGAAAAUCAAUCCUAAUAAAGAAGAAAAAGAAAAAUCACAAAAAAAACCUUGACGACCUAUUACGCAUCACCAACGGUAGAAGAAAAAAAUAGGGUCAAGAAGAAGAAUAAAUUCAUCAAUAAAACAAACAAAUGAAGUACAAGUUAAUAGCUCUGAUGGAGAAAGUUCAAAUGUGCCAGAGGACCCUACAGAGUGAGAAGAAAUAACAAUUGUCGGGGGAGGCACCUUUCCGUGAUUUAUUCUACAAAUGCAAUUUUUUCUAAAAACAUGUUGUGAGUGCAAUCUAUAUCUGCGCUAUUUAUUUUUUAUAUACAGUAUCACACUAUAUAUGUUAUUUUAUUUGUAGAUCUACAGCCACACUCUCCAAUAUACUUGCUGUUCUAAGUUAUACUUAGCACGUAUGGGAUAAAUUUUCGUGAGCAGACCUCCUCUGGAAAAAUAUUAAAAAAAGUUAUAUCUAAAUUAUUAAGUGGAGAUCAAACAGGAUUCAUUCCAGGAAGAUCAGCAAAAUACAAUCUUAGGAAAAAUAUCAACUUAAUGUUAAUGGCUAAAAACUCAGGAGAAUCCACGCUGACCCUGUCAUUGGAUCCAAAGAAGACCUUUGACAGGGUCUCUGGAUUUAUUUGAAAGAGACCUUGAGAAGAUUUGGAUUUAAAGAUUUUUUUCUAAGUGCAGUUUGGCUACUCUAUAGAGACCCAACAGCAUGUAUAAUGGGAUCUGGGAUUAGAUCAUCAGGAUUUAGAAUUUUGAACAGCACCUGCCAAGGAUGUCCACUAGGCCCUAUGUUAUUUACUUUAUCAUUAGAACCAUUUGCUCAGAAAAUUAGACAGAAUGGAGAUAUUAAGGGCUGUCAAAUUGGGAGCAGGAACUAUAAAAUAUCAAUGUUUGCUGAUGACGUUUUACUUACACUGAAGGACCCAGGGAGAUCAAUGGAGGCAUUGCUGAAUGAGAUUAAAAAAAACUCGGAAUUAUCCUAUUAUAGCCUUAAUCUAAACAAAUCUCAGGCAUUAGCUUGGAAUUUAAGUCCUGAAUAAAAAACUAAUUGAAAAGAGAAAUAUAAACUGCAAUGAAUAGAUAAUACACAUAACUAUCUAUGGAUAAAAAUAUCAUAUUCCAAAAAAUUAAAUGUGGAUUCAAAUUAUAUCAUAUUAUUAAAGGAACUUAAAAAUAAACUCAAUGGUGUUCUACCAAAAUUUACUUUUUUUAUUUAGAUCUAUUCCUUUGAAAGUAGAAAAAAACGUAAUAUGGGAUUUUCAGAAAUUGUUUAACAACUUUAUAUGGCAUCAUAAGAAAGCAAGGAUAGCAUUAAACAUGACAUCAAGAGGAGAAAGAAAUGGAGGUUUAGGAGUGCCUGAUGUAAAUAAAAUUUAUGAUGCAAUUUUAUUCUCUCAUAUUUCAAAAUGGUUCAGAACAGAUAGUUGCUAUCAAUGGCUAGGCAUGUAGAAUAAAGCAUUUGUCACAAAGGAUGUCAGAAACAUUAUCUGGGAUAAAAAAAUUUGAAUUCAAUAAGAUGAAUCCAAGAGUCAGGGACUUGAGCACAGCAUGGAUAAAUCUACAUUAUAAGUAUUUAAGUACAUGGGAUUUGAAUAUGCUUAUUCCAUUGAUAAUUUUAGAAAAUCUGAUGGGUAAUAUCAAACUAAAACUUUGAAAGGAAAAAGGAAUAGUCCAUAUUUAUCAACUGAUGGAAAACUUCAAGGUAAAAUCGUUUGAUAUAAUUCAAAAUACCUUGACAUUCCAUUUAAUGAAUUUUAUAAUUAUACAAGGAUAAAUUAUUAUAUAGAUAUAGAAUUAUCCAAAAAAAAUCAUUAUAGAGAGGAUAAUAAAAAUAAAAAAUAAAAAACGAAUAGAUUGAUUAUGGAUAUUGUGGAUGAAAAGGUCAAUUUUAGAUCAUUUCCAACCAUCAAAAAAUUGAUCAACGAUUUGGAUUUAAAGAUGGAAGAAGAAAUUUGGAUUGGAUCAAUCAAUUUUACGAAAACAACUAUUCAUAAUAUAAAUCUGUUAGAAACCUAUUUUAAGAUGACUUUUAGGUGGUACUUAACUCUAGAAAGAUUAAGUAAAAUGAAAAUGGGAUGUGCUGGAGAUGUAUGGAAGAAAAGGGGUCAUUAGUUCACAUAUGGUGGAAAUGUAGUAAGAUUCAACCCAAUAGUCUAAAGUUUUUAAUAUAAUUUCUACUCUACUAAAUAAAAAAAAUGGGGAUUUAGAUCCAGCAUGUACCCUAUUCCAUAUAGGUAUAUAUGCCCUUCCGAUAGAAACAAGAUACAAAUGCUUUAAGUAGCAUUUAACCUGUUAAAGGCGAGAAAAUGGAAACAAAAGGAAGAAGUGAAUGUUCAAGAUUUAUAUGACCAGCUAGAACAUAAUUACCUUAUGGAAAAAGGACAUUACCAAAAUAACUGUUUAAAUCUAGUAACAUUUUAAAAUAGAUGGUCGGAAUGGGACAAAAAAAAAAACCCCAAAACAAAUCCUUGGUACAUUAUGCAUAUAAAAAAGAAAGUACAAAUAUAUUAAUGUUUAAUUUAUGAGGUAUGAAUGUAUUUACGUUAGUGUUGUCAUUGUCCUUCACAUAAUAAUGAAUGGAGAAGAGGAAUUCUUCUGUAGUGAAAUAGUUAAAAAUAUUAAUUAAAAGAGGAAUCUCUUCAUAGCAGGAUAUACAAUUAUAUUCUGAAAGUCAAAUUGUAUUUGCUUAAUAAAAAAAACAAAAAAAAAUAAAAACAAAUUAUGAUUUUGGUACUGGAUUUAACUUUGGAUAGAAAAGUAUUUUCUAAGCAUUGAUUACCAAUAUCUGAUGAAGUUUAAAAAAAAAAAAAAAAGGCAGGGGUGCCCAAAAUCCCUCAAUUUUGUUAGAACGACAGCUUCCAUGAUGCUUUGUUAUAUCUAUGGGAGAUGUAGUUCUACCACAUCUGGUGAUCUUUCUUUUGGGCACCCCUGAUAUAAAGCAUAAAAUGAUUCAAUUUAAAAGUAAAGCACAUGUGUCCGGUAAAUGAACAAUUCAUAUUUCUGAAAGCUCAAAAUUGAAUAGAUAUGUAACCGUACAACAAAAUCACAGUUCAAUACAUUGUAUACACUGUUGCUAACACCCGCUAUGGACAAUCAGUAGAGUAGGAUAAAUCAUAAGAUAACCCUGUGCAGCUGACUUGGGCCCGGAGAUGAGACAGUGGCCUAGGAACCAUGACUUUGCUUGGCCCCAUUUACCAUCCCUAUGUGAAGAAUGAACUCCCCACGGUCCUUUGGGAUCUUAAUUCUUCUCUGUCAGUCGCAGGGUGAAAUACACACAUUUUGUGUGAACCUCUAUUAUUGUCAAGGUGUCAGGGUGUGGCGUCUAUGGUGACAACUUACACAGUGUGUGUUUCUGUGGUUUAUCAGCGAGUGGUGAAUCUGUGGGUGGAUGGGUAGGUGGUAUCUUUGUGAGCAGAUUUUACGGACAGCCUGUAAAAAUAACAACAAGAUUGAAAAUGGCUCGGUAAAUAGUAGCUGCUACUAACUACCAGCCAUCUUGCUGCAUCUAGACUGAUAGGCAUAGAUGGUAUCCCCCAACUUCUCAUAUCAGUCAUAGUUUUAAUUUUACAAUAAAGUGUCACGUAAACAAUACUGUAAAAAUCGCGAUGGCAUGGGGUGCAAUUGCAACAACCCCCUAAAUCCCAGUGAUAAAACAAAAUUCUGCACUCUUUUCAAUCCAAGUUUUAUUUUUGGUCGGUUGUUUGUAGGAGAUAGAGCUCUGGGCAUCCAGUGGAUAUAUCUCUUUCUUAAUCCCUCUCCUGUGUUGUGUCUUUGCAUGACAGCUCAGAAAUACUCAGUGAUAUCAAUAAUUUACUCUUUGACCAUACAUGACGGCUCCACAGAGAACUUUAAUACUUGGAUAUUGGAAGAGAUCGGGGGUGUUUUGCAGAAAAGCUGGUUGUGAAGAAUGUACAUGUUAAUAAUAGGAAUACUUGAUUUAAAAAAAAUAAGAUCCAGGCUGGAUAGAAGAAAAUUGUAGGAAAACCCAUAAUCUUUCACCUUGAUUUGGACCACUUGGAGUGUAACCAUUCACAUGGAUAUUCACUGAAUGAGAAAUGUUGGGACAGAGUGAAUACAAAGUGAUUCUAAAUUUUAUGCUAUAAUAUUCAAAUAGAAUUGGUGAUUUUUGUCCAAUUCAACAAUUAUGUCUGAUAAUUAAAAAUCCAUUUUUAAUUCACUUUAGAAGCUUUCUCCAAUCCUGUUUUGUUUAUGAUAGAAUAAUGCCCUAUUGGCAUUAUUCUAUUGGUCACCCCCUACACAAACGGUCAAAGAGCAUUCUAAAACAAGGUUACUAACUCAUCUUAAUUCAGUUUUGGGAUAAGCUUCCUGGCACUGCUUAGUGCACCUCCGUUUGACGUCUUGGGUGCUCAUAGAAAAGCCUUGGAUUGGAUCACUUUACCGCAAUUCACCCCGAUAAUCUUUGGAAAUUAUAAAAAGUUAGAACACAUGUAAAAAAUGGUAGUUAGAUCCCUCCUUUAUUUAAAAGGAUAGGGUGUUUGUGUUUUCGAGAGAACAGAGCUCGCAGUGAGAGAGGGUCAGACAGAGGGCCAUGAAUGUGUUUUUAUGCUUCGAGAUUGUAUUGCUGCUGAUUAAGUUAGUCGACAUUAGGAAUUUAUGAUAUUAAAUCACAGCUGUGAAUUACACACAUUACUGCUGUCAUCUCAAACAGGUCAUCAAUCAAAUUAAAGCGUUAUUAUUUGCUAAGUGCGCUGUGUUUCAAAGUUUAGCUGACAUUAACAGUGUUUAAAAUUCCCAUUGUGAAGUAUACAUGUUGCUGCUGUUAACCUGUACAACUUGUCGUACACAUUAAAGUGUCAUUAUCCUUAUAAUACAUUGUCUCUAACAGGUUAGUACGUUGUCAUCUUUAAACUUCACACAUAUCUAUCUAUAGAGAUAUAGCAUGAUUAUUUAUUUUAUUUUUUUCAUUGCAACCAUACUUGUAAUCUGUUAAACAAAAAAAGUGUUGUUUUAUGGUGGACCGAAGGAGAUCUUGGGAUGUUUAAAGAACUGGGCUGAUUUUAUUCUAGGUUACCAUUUUUAUAACCUUCAUGGAUUGCACCCAAAUCGGAAUAGGGUUUGCUGUCCUUGAGGAUAGGAUGGAUGGACAGCUGGAGGCAACGUCAAACUAGGGGAAAGUAAGAAGUAGAGAAGCUAAGGCCCAGACAAAGGUGAAGAUGGGUUAGUGAUGAACUCUAGAGGCUGGGAUCGUAACGUGUUAAUGCUGAUGAGGAUGAUAAGCUGUUAACACUUAUUUAUGGGUAUGGCUUUAAUCACUGGAGGUUUUAAUUAUUCAGACAUGCACUGUGCUAGAGAGACUAGUAAUCUUUAAAAUUGCAUCUUCUUGUCUCAGGUCAUAGAUGCACCACUAGAAAUAAAAUCUUCUCUGGAUCUGGCAAUAACUUCUAACGUUAAACAUUGUCAAAUAUUCCAGAUUCAGGAACAUUGUUACUUAAAGCGAUUCAAUGUUCCUUUAAUUUGUGUUAAAGGACCACUCCACACUGCUAAAUCUCUUUAGCUUUCUGAAGUGCUUUAUGGGUUAGGGUAUUCUAUUUAAAGCCCAGUUUAUAAAAGCGUUGAUUUCAAUGAAAAAUCUGCAAUUUUAUAAAUAAAUUAUGGAACACUCUCGUCUGUCAGUCAAAUGAGCCACCAGUUCAGAGGCUUCUCAAUGAAAACAUUUCCCUGUGAAUAGAGUAAGGGAACUCUUUUUAGGAUGUACCUCCAAUGAAUAUAUCCAUGUAGAAAUCAUACAUGUAUUCACUGGGGUUAUAUCUGCUAAAUAGUCAUUUCAUCUUUUUUGCCCUUUUGGGCAGUGGAGUGUUCCUUUAAUAAUUUUUUGUGUGUUGAUCAUUUUUCUUUCGAACAUAUACACUGCUCAAAAAAGUAAUGGGAACACUUAAACAACACAAUGUAACUCGAAGUUAAUCAAACUUCUGUGAAAUCAAACUGUCCACUUAGGAAGCAACACUGAGUGACAAUCAAUUUCACAUGCUGUUGUGCAAAUGGAAUAGACAACAGGUGGAAAUUAUAGGCAAUUAGCAAGACACCCCCAAUAAAGGAGUGGUUCUGCAGGUGGUGACCACUGACCACUUCUCAGUUCCUAUGCUUCCUGGCUGAUGUUUUGGUCACUUUUGAAUGCUGGUGGUGCUUUCACUCUAGUGGUAGCAUGAAACGGAGUCUACAACCCACACAAGUGGCUCAGGUAGUGCAGCUCAUCCAGGAUGGCACAUCAAUGCGAGCUGUGGCAAGAAGGUUUGCUGUGUCUGUCAGCAUAGUGUCCAGAGCAUGGACGCGCUACCAGGAGACAGUCCAGUACAUCAGGAGACGUGAAGGAGGCCGUAGGAGGGCAAUAACCCUGCAGCAAGACCGCUACCUCCGCCUUUGUGCAAGGAGGAACAGGAGGAGCACUGCCAGAGCCCUGCAAAAUGACCUCCAGCAGGCCACAAAUGUGCAUGUGUCUGCUCAAACAGUCAGAAACAGGUAUGAGGGCCUGACGUCCACAGGUGGGGGUUAUGCUUACAGCCCAACACCGUGCAGGAUGUUUGGCAUUUGCCAGAGAACACCAAGAUUGGCAAAUUCGCCACUGGCGCCCUGUGCUCUUCACAGAUGAAAGCAGGUUCACACUGAGCACAUGUGACAGACGUGACAGGGUCUGGAGACGCUGUGGAGAACGUUCUGCUGCCUGCAACAUCCUCCAGCAUGACCGGUUUGGCAGGGGGUCAGUAAUGGUGUGGGGUAACUGCAUUUCUUUGGGGGGCCGCACAGCCCUCCAUGUGCUUGCCAGAUGUAGCCUGACUGCCAUUAGGUACCGAGAUGAGAUCCUCAGACCCCUUGUGAGACCAUAUGCUGGUGCGGUUGGCCCUGGGUUCCUCCUAAUGCAAGACAAUGCUAGACCUCAUGUGGCUGGAGUGUGUCAGCAGUUCCUGCAAGACGAAGGCAUUGAUGCUAUGGACUGGCCUGCCGGUUCCCCAGACCUGAAUCCAAUUGAGCACUGGAAUUGAUACAACCGAGUUCAAUUCACAGCCAUUCUCCUCUCUCGAUGCUAUCUCUGUGCCGAUAUAAAAAAAGAUGCAAUUUAAUUUUUUAGACCUCCCAAAUGUAUUAAAUAUAGGUUGUAAGUAAACAUAGUGUUAACAUCCUGGAAAGUGAGUGUUCCCCUUUAAACUCUCAACAUUUCUGUUUUAGUAAGAAAAUGUAGGCUGAAUUUUUUAUCUGCUUUUUUCACUUUCUUAACCUUAAAUUAGCACUUAUAAUGCUACCUUUUCUGGCGCUGGUUCUAUAUCUAGCAGUUGUUAUGAUUUGCUAAUAUCUUUGCGGAGAAUGUUGAAUGCGAUGUUAGAAAUAUUUUUUUAUUGUGUUUUUUCUGUGCGCUAGAAAGAUAUUAUCUAGACUGUGUAUCUAUGCAGCGACCCUGCACAUCAGGUUAUGUCUGUCCUUCUCGAAUUCUUUGUGUGUAUUUCAUUCUGUCUGGCUUUGAAUGAGUCUGUCAAUAAACUGCUAGAUAAGACGUCACCCCUGCAGCAAAGAUUAAAUAUGUGAAAGUUAAUAUUUCCAUAGUUACACCACCCCUUCAAUAUUCUACAGAUUGUGUGAUUGUGCUUAAAGCAUUAUCUUAAUGCACUUUUCAGUGCUGUGACAGAGGUAAUGUGCUCUGUUAUACUUAAAUGUUACCACCUCCACAUGAGGAAUGAAGCUAAAAGAAUUUUAGUUCUGAAAUACUGUUUUCUUAUAUUUUUUAUAAAUGAAUGAACUCGCAGGCAUCUAGAAUUUGUGUUCCGACUGCGGGCAGUGUACUUUCUCUGGGUACUUUCCUUGUACAGGUGUCGAUAUUACCAAACACAAAGGGAUCCACUCAGGGCCAGUGCUAGGAUUUUUGGCUACACAGGCGAAGAUGCAUUUUGUCGCCUUCUCACCUCCCCCUUAAAAAAAGUGUCUUGACCUGUGUGUCUCAUACAAACCCCCUUGUGUAUCUCUUACUUUCCUGAGCCCCUAUGUGUGUCUCAUUCUUUCUCCCAGCCUUUUUGUGUGUUGCUUUCUUUCCCCCCAGCCCAAUUAUGUGGCUCUCUCUCCUCAGCCAGUUUUGUGUCUCUCCCCCCCCCAGGGCUCAUUGUGUGUCUUUUUCCUCCCAUGCCACAUAGACAUAGAUAUAUAGCAACACACAACCAUACAGAAUUAUUCAGGCACACAGUCACAGAGAUAUGCAGGCACACAAUCAAACAAACAGUCAUACAUCCUACACAUACAGAUUCAAUGUCAAACAAACACAGACAGAGACACACAUACCGUGUUUCUCCGAAAAUAAGACCGGGUCUUAUAUUAAUUUUAGUCACAAAAAACACACUAGGGCUUAUUUUCAGGGUAGGGCUUAUUUAUUUACGGUACCGGUAUGUACAGCUCUUUCUCUUUACACUCAUCUUGUCUGGGGAUCAAAAUACCGUACUGUCUAAUUAAUCCACCCCCCUUUAAUUAAUCCACCCCCCUUUAAUUAAUCAACCCCCCUUCUAAUUAAUCCACCCCCUCUAAUUAAUCCACCACCCCUUUAAUUAAUACACCCCUCUAAUUAAUCCUCCCCCCCUCUAAUUAAUCCACCCCCCUCUAAUUAAUCCACCCCCUUUAAUUAAUCCACCUUUCAUAAAUCCACCCCUCUAAUCACCCCCCUUUAAUUAAUCCACCCCUCUUUAAAUCCACCCCUUUAAUAAAUCCACCCCCUUUAAUUAAUCCACCCCCCUUUAAUUAAUCCACCCCCCUUUAAUUAAUCCACCCCCCCCCUCUAAUUAAUCCACCCCCCUCUAAUUAAUGCACCCCCCCUUUAAUUAAUCCACCCCUUUAAAUUCUUUAAUUAAUUCACCCCCCCCUUUAAUUAAUUCAGUCCCAGGCAUAAAAUAUCUACUCACAUUUCAAAGAUUCCUUGCCCGCCGAGUCCGACCACUGGGUGCCUCACCGCCCGGAAAUGGAUCCUUCCGCUGAAGAUCCGUGAAGGCAGACUAGUCUAGUCUGCCCAUCUAGUCUGCCCAAUUUUCUAAAUACUUUCAUUAGUCCCUGGCCUUAUCUUAUAGUUAGGAUAGCCUUAUGCCUAUCCCACGCAUGCUUAAACUCCUUUACUGUGUUAACCUCUACCACUUCAGCUGGAAGGCUAUUCCAUGCAUCCACUACCCUCUCAGUAAAGUAAUACUUCCUGAUAUUAUUUUAAACCUUUGUCCCUCUAAUUUAAGACUAUGUCCUCUUGUUGUGGUAGUUUUUCUUCUUUUAAAUAUAGUCUCCUCCUUUACUGUGUUGAUUCCCUUUAUGUAUUUAAAUGUUUCUAUCAUAUCCCCCCUGUCUCGUCUUUCCUCCAAGCUAUACAUGUUAAGAUCCUUUAACCUUUCCUGGUAAGUUUUAUCCUGCAAUCCAUGAACCAGUUUAGUAGUCCUUUAUACUUGUUGAUUUUUAUGAGACACUUUCUCCUGCUCUCCUUUUUUUCACUUUACUCUAUCGUAUUUUAACUUUUGGAUCUUGUUUAAAUAAAGUUUAAUAUUAUUUUUUGUUGUUUUGCCAUUACCUUUGAAUGACUCUACUUAGCAGGUCAUUUCAAUAAGGAGGAAUUCUACCUUUGUUAGGCAGAUUCCUUCACAUUAUUUGUAUUUUUUUUUUUAAAUAUUCCUUUUAGUCAAUGUACAGCCCGGUGCAGUCACUGCAUUGCUACAUUGCUCACUAUUUAGCAAGAUACCAAACCAAUGUGAAGUCUAUCAACAGCAAUUAUUUGAGUUUAAUUCAGUUACAAUUAUUUGAGUUUAAUACAAUGAGCAUUACGUUUGUGGAGAUGGAUGGGAAUGUCACUAAUGGCUGUAUUUUGACAACUCAUUUUAGAAAGUAAAAUGUAUUCCAGGAGUUGUCAAUCAAAGCAUACUGUAAGUGUACUUCCUUAUUGACAGUUUCUCAGUAGUCUAAAUUUUUGCCAAACUAAAUGGACAUCUUAAUGUGGUGUUUAUAGUGCCGAAAUGCUGUGCCUUUUGUCUGGCAAUGUAUAACAAUACCAUUUGCGUACAUUUUGCCUAAAAUAUGCCUCUAGUGACAGGCCUGGAACUAGUUGGUAAUGCAGCACAUUACAGCAUUGGUGCUUAGUAACAAUUAUACUGUAACAUAUUUGUAAUACCUUUUACAAAAUGGUCUAUUUGUGCUACUUUGUGCCUAUGCAAGCUAUUUUUAUUAACACAGAUAUUUCCAUGUUACCGUAAGUGAGAGUUUUUGCAAUGUCACUUUAAUCACUGUGCACUUUAAAACGUAUAUUCUUUUAAAUAAUUAUAAUGCACUUUAAAGUGGGAAUUAGAAAUACACUUUAAUUUUACAAUCUCUUCGAGAGACUGGUUGAAUAUAUUGGAUAGUAACCACGAUUGGAUCGUGGCAAAUUGACCAAGUUAAUCUUCUUUCUCUGUGAUGUAACAUGCGUGAGGUCUACAGCAAUAUAACUGCGACACAUUAUCUACAGGACGUAUGGAUUCAUGUAAACUUACAAUUUCUUUUAUCUUUCUAUAUUGUACAAUAAGUCAGUACAUUAUGGAUAUUGGACCAACUUUUCCCAAAGCUUUUUACAUUUAUAAAUGCAACUGGUGCAGUUUGCUAUUUCUAUAAUUUUUAGAAGAAAAUUUGUAAAUUAUGCGUAGGACCAAUACUAAUUUUAUUCUUUUUCUCACCAUGACAGCCUUUAAAGUUGCCGUUUCAGUGUAAAAGCAAAAUGUUUUCAUGUAACUGUAGAAGAGGGCAAGGUGGGGGGCUUACCCCCCUGGAAGUUUGCCCACAGUGGAAACGCAACCUUAAAAGAAUUAUUUAAAUUGCUAUCUAUGUAAACACAGCAUCUCCCUUAGCUUCGACUUUCUGUUACAAAAACAAGACAUGUAAAGAACUCAUUUUCCACUUGUUUGUGAUCAAAUAUUUAUUUUUCUACAAGAUGUUUGCGAUGUCUUCUUAUGAUUAUACAAUAUUAUUUUCCCCUGCUUUUUAUUUGUUGAUUUGUAACUCACUGAUUGCAUUUUCUAUGCUAAGUGGCAUUAAUUAUGCAUUUAGUACUAUAUAAAAUAAUAUUAAAACGGUUCUAUUCUUUCUAUUGCUUUUUGCUCUUUGCAAGUUCUCAUGAAUAAUUCUUAUACAUAGUCGAGACAACUCCUGGUUCUUCUGAAGGAAUGCAGAACAAACACAAAUGCUCCAGGGCAUGAGGUGGGAAUGAUAGUAACCGAAUCUCAGUACCAAGAGAUCAAAUACUGAUACCCUGUUAGAUGAGGUGCAUCCUGAAACCACUCAGAAUUUUCAGAUAUUUGAGCUAUGCAAGUCAUAGCUAUUGGAAAUUAAUUCUGUGUUGCAUAAACAUUUCCUUCGUAAAAUUUCCCCUCUUGCACAGCUAGUAAUACAAUCACUGGAGUUCACUUUAGUUUGCCUAAAGUGCCAUGCGCUGUCUAACAGUUUAAUAUCAACACAUUUAUGAAUAGUUUGCUAUAGAUCAAGGCUUUUCUCAGAGGACCUCUUCCUCAUCUUUUCUUUUCAUAAUGCAAAAUUAGCACUUGUGCCUUAUCGUUUUUUUCCCAACCUUUUUAGAUUUACUGGUUGAAAGUGUGGGGUCCGAAUUAGCCCAGUGCUUUCCAUUCAGUGUAAACCAGGCUGGACAAACUGGCAUUUAUAAUGGGGAAAUGAUGGUGAUGAAUAUUGUCAUGAGGUACCUUGGACCUGGUGGAAAGUCCUGGUUUAAAGGUAACCAAUUUUAA